CUCGACGUACCGGAAGUGACGCUUGUGUCGCGGAGACAGGUUCAAGGGAGAGCUGAGCAAAUAGCGUAGGUGAACGGGCCGGGAUUUGGGUCCGGCAGCCGCUAUGAGCUGCACCAUCGAGAAGAUUCUGACGGACGCCAAGACGCUGCUAGAGAGGCUGCGGGAGCACGAUGCGGCCGCCGAGUCGCUGGUGGAUCAGUCGGCGGCGCUGCACCGGCGAGUGGCUGCUAUGCGGGAGGCGGGGACAGCGCUUCCGGACCAGUAUCAAGAGGAUGCAUCCGAUGUGAAGGAUAUGUCCAAAUACAAACCCCACAUUCUGCUGUCCCAAGAAAACACACAGAUUAGAGACUUACAGCAGGAAAACAGAGAGCUCUGGGUUUCCCUGGAAGAACACCAGGAUGCUUUGGAACUCAUCAUGAGCAAGUACCGGAAACAGAUGCUACAGUUAAUGGUCGCUAAAAAGGCAGUGGAUGCUGAACCGGUCCUGAAAGCUCACCAGUCUCACUCUGCAGAAAUUGAGAGUCAGAUUGACAGAAUCUGUGAAAUGGGAGAAGUGAUGAGGAAAGCAGUUCAGGUAGAUGAUGACCAGUUCUGUAAGAUUCAGGAAAAGCUAGCCCAAUUAGAGCUUGAAAACAAGGAACUACGAGAAUUAUUGUCUAUCAGCAGCGAGUCACUUCAGGUCAGAAAGGAGAAUUCAGUGGACACUGCUUCCCAAGCCAUCAAAUAACUGAACUUCUGAAUGAUGGCUGGAAAUUGUCUUAUCAAGGAAGGAAGUUGCUGUCUUUCCAUUGGAGUAUUGUCCAUUCAGUAUCUUGCCUCAGACUUGAUUUAAACUUCCCACGUGACAGUUUAGAGUACCAGUUAAUAUUGGCUGUCCACAAAACAGUUUUAGGUGUAUUGGUGAGAAUACACAGUGAAUUUCACCAUUCCUUUCUGCAGGAAACUACUUCUGAUUUUCAUCCUGGGACCUUCAUUUUCUAUAAGCUCUGUUUUCAGUUCAUUUUUGUUUUCCACAUCUCUAGAACUUCAAGCAUUUUAUUGUAAGACAGGAACUUUAUUUUAUAUAGGAUUGUGAAAUACACUUAUGAGGAUUUUUAAAAGUAUUUAACUUUUUAAAUCUAUUUGGCAUAAACCUGGGUUUUUUUCCCACUUGACAGAAGGAAUGCAACUGCUUAGAACUUAAUGGGCAGAUUCUCUUCUUUGUAACAUCCUGUGAAGGUUUAAGUCUCUCUGGUGCUAAGAGUUGGCACUUUGUGCCUGGUGUCUUUACUCUUAAUUUGAGAGAACCUAUUGUUAGUCCCCAGGAAACAUACUUGAAAAAUCUAAGUCAGCUGUUCUCCCCCAGGGCAAUGCAGUGGUCACAUUGUUCAGAGAAUGCUGAGGGGCUUGGGCUGUGUAUGUGCACACUCACGUGUGCAUGGUUAAAUGCUUUAAAAAAAUGUGGCUUUUCCUCUAUUAAAUAUGAGUCAACAUUUUUCAAUUUUGUCCUAGUAGGAAAUCCUCAAUGCAGGCAGUUUACCCCGUGUGAAGAAUAUACCAUAGAAUUAUUCACAUCACAGUGCUUAGGUACUAUAUUUCUAUUUAUCUAACACUCCCAUUUUAUACUGAAGAACCACUAUUUACUCGGGUGUCUUUCAUUAUUAGUACUAGUAUUUGACUUUUGUUUUAGAUGAGUUUUAUUGUCUCCUGAGAAUUAUUACAUUCAUAAUGCUGUGUAGACAACACGAAAGCAGCAUUGAGAUGGUGGACUAGGUUCACUCCUCAACUCAUUCCCCUGUCUGUUUACUCACGUUUCAAAUUUCUAAGUUACCUCAUGUUAUCUUAUUAUUUAGAUUUAUCAAAAAGUAGUUGGAAUAAUGAGUACUAAACUCAUCAAUGUUUUCCCAUAACAUUAAGCACCAUGCUGCAUGGGAAUGACAGGAUUAAAAAGAGGUUUUUGUUAGUUCUAUGUGUGAUGUAAAGUUUCUUUUGCACUGCUGUACAGAAUUAAUUCCAGUCUCUCCAAUAUGUCCUAAAAGCAACAAAUCCCAGUAAUACCAGUGGAUUUUGCUCAUCUACUAUGCAUUAAUGGAGAGUUGUGUGUCACCUUAAAAUUCAUCAAAUUUCUGUUUGAUGUUCUGCAGAGAAUUUGACUAAAAAGCAACUCAAAUGCAAACAUUUUUAUCUCCA